AUGGGUGCCAACGACGCCCCUGCUUCCACCUACCGGUAUGACGAAAAGCCCGUCUACACCACCUCCAAUGGCGCCCCCGUCAACAACCCUUCGGGGUGGCAGCGUCCCGGUCCCAUGGGGCCGCUCCUGCUUCAGGACUUCCACUUGAUUGACCAGCUGGCGCACUUUGACCGCGAGCGCAUCCCCGAGCGAGUAGUCCACGCCAAGGGUGCUGGUGCUUACGGUGAAUUCGAGGUGACCCACGAUGUCACUGACAUCACGUCCAUCGACAUGUUCAGCAAGGUCGGAAAGAAGACCAAGUGCGUUACUCGCUUCUCUACCGUCGGCGGCGAGAAGGGCUCGCCCGACUCCGCCCGUGAUCCUCGAGGCUUCUCCGUCAAGUUCUACACCGAGGAGGGCAACUGGGACUGGGUCUACAACAACACGCCCAUCUUCUUCCUGCGAGACCCCACCAACUUCCCCCUCUUCAUCCACACCCAGAAGCGCAACCCGCAGACCAACCUCAAGGAUGCCACCAUGUUCUGGGACUACCUCUCCACUCACCAGGAGGCCAUCCACCAGGUCAUGCACCUCUUCUCCGACCGCGGCACGCCCUACUCUUACCGCCACAUGAACGGCUACUCUGGGCACACCCACAAGUGGACCAAGCCCGACGGCUCCUUUGUGUACACCCAGGUCCACCUCAAGACGGACCAGGGAAACAAGACGUUCACGAAUGAGGAGGCCGGCAAGCUGGCUUCCGAGAACCCCGACUGGCACACCCAGGAUCUCUUCGAGUCCAUCCAGAAGGGCGACUAUCCCAGCUGGACCGUCUAUGUCCAGGUCCUGACCCCCGAGCAGGCCGAGAAGUUCCGCUGGAACAUCUUCGACUUGACCAAGGUCUGGCCGCAGAAGGAGGUUCCUCUGAGGCCCGUCGGCAAGCUUACCCUCAACAAGAAUGUUGAGAACUACUUUGCCGAGAUCGAGCAGGUCGCCUUCUCGCCCUCGCACCUGGUCCCUGGCGUUGAGCCUUCGGCAGACCCCGUCCUGCAGUCGCGCCUGUUCUCGUAUCCCGACACCCACCGCCACCGUCUGGGCACAAACUAUCAGCAGAUUCCUGUCAACGCCCCGCUGCACCCCUUCAACCCCUACCAGCGGGACGGCGCCAUGGUCGUCAAUGGAAACUACGGUGCCAACCCGAACUACCCCAGCUCCUACAGGCCGCUCACCUACAAGACCGCCCCUCCCGUGAACACCCAUGAGCAGUGGUCUGGCUCCGCGGUUCACGCGCUCUUCCAGGAGAUCAACGACGACGACUACGUCCAGGCCAAGGGGCUCUGGGAUGUUCUCGGCCGAACCUCUGGCCAGCAAGACAACUUUGUUGGCAAUGUGGCCGGCCACCUGAGCGCCGCUCACCAGGACACGCGGAACCGGACGUAUGACAUGUUCUCGCGUGUCGAUGCUGGUCUUGGGAAGGCUAUCAAGGAGCAGACUGAAAAGCAGGUCAAGUAA